AUGGUGGUGCUCAGGCCCCAAUCCGAGUUUGGCCACGCGCCUCCUCCACAGACUCCCUACAGCAUCAUCAGCAACCUCGGCACUUGGGAGGAAAACAGGCUAUUCCGCGAAGGAGACCCCGAGACUCUCGGUCGCCUCGUCCAUAUCUAUCCUCGCCUGAAGCCUACACACUACGCUGCCAGGCUAUGCGAUGAGAUUGGCCGCGUGCUCGGGGCUGAGCAUCUGGGCGUCCAGAUGUACCUGAACCCGGAUCUCUGGCCCUUCACCAAACGACACAUCACUCUGCCCCAGCGCCGCGCCAAGGUCCUGAAGCCAGGAGAUGUUUCCUUCCGAUGUGUCGACGUAGCCGGCCACAGGCUGUAUGUCGUUCUCUAUACCAAGGAACAUGCCGCCGGUGUCUCCUUGGCCUGGGCCAUGCCUGGCCUCGGUCUGUCCAUCCGCGGCGCCGAGCAGCUGCUUGAGGGUGUGGGCGACAUGCACGAGGUCGCAGUCAUCGAUGGGCAGGUCCCCGAACCUACCUGGACGCCCGAGACGGAGGCUCAUCAGGGCGUGAAGAGCCGUAUAAUCGAGCUUCUCCAUCACGCCGCCAUUGAGCCUAGCAAGAUCCAGGCGACUCCCAAGGAUGUGUUUCUCUAUCCGACCGGCAUGGGAGCCAUCUUCCAUGGGAAUAGGACCAUGCUCAAGUACCGUCCUGGGACCAUUGUGGUCAGUGGUGUUAUCUUCCACAACUCGUACCACCACUUGAUCGAGGAGUGCCCCAAUGGUUUCAAGCAUUUUGGGAGGUUUGAUGACCACGGCAUCAGCGAGCUCGAGGCCUGGCUUGAGUCAGAGAAGCAGGAAGGCCGGACAGUAAGCUAUCUGAUCGUCGAGUUCCCGGCGAAUCCGACUUUAGAGACGCCUGAUAUUGCACGGAUCAAGAGACUGUCCGAGAAAUACGGCUUCGUCCUCAUCGGCGACGACACAGUAGCCGGCUUCGGCAACAUCGACAUCUUCCCCCAGUGCGACGUCCUCCUCACCUCCCUCACCAAGUCAUUCAGCGGCCGCGCCAACGUCAUGGGCGGCUCCAUCACCCUCAACCCGCUCUCCGCGCACUACGCCGCCCUCUCGUCCCUCUUCGCCUCCUCGCACCACAACGAGCUCUUCCACGGCGACGCCCAGACGCUCCUCGACAACUCCCAGGACUUCUUCGAGCGCACCAGGAUCCUCAACCGCAACGCCGAGGCCGUCGCCGCCUUCCUCCACCAAAAGGCCCUCGACCCGUCCUCCCCCGUCAUCAACGUCCAGUACCCCACCGUCUCGCCCAGCAAGAGCCUCUACGACGCCUACAAGCGGCGGCCCUCCCCCGAGCUCCCCGAACCCGGGUAUGGCUGCCUGCUCACCGUCGAGUUCGACGGCAUCCCCUCGGCCAGGGCGUUCUACGAUCGGUGCGGCUUCUACCCGGGUCCGCACCUGGGCGGGCAUGUGACGAUCCAGUACGCGUACAACAUGGCCGUGUUCGGGAAGCACGCCGAGGAGCUGGCGUACUUUAGGGAGUUUGGCGUCAAGGAGGAGGCGGUGCGAAUUUCCGUGGGUUUGGAGGAUGUGGAGGAUCUUAUUGAUACGCUCAAGGAUGCCUUGGAGGGUGUUCCUGCGGUAGAGAAAGAAUAG